AAAUAUCUCACCAAUGAACUCCAAACCAUUGGCCCAGCUCAUUCAAAACAAAGGAAAUUUAGUAAGCUGGUCAAAAUUUUCACAACUAAAUAAAUACAAGAAUGAUUUAAUUGUUACUUAGUUUAAUAUCCUUGACUCUUGUGAUGUUUUUGAUAGAUUAAUGCUGGAUUUGUUUCUCUAUAAAUAAUAAAUAAAAACAAACAGUGUUAGCAUCCUCGGAUUUUUGAGCCAUUUUUUCAACUAUCACGUUCUUUUUUCCCUAAUUUUUGUCGAUUUGGGUUUUGUUUAGAAUUCAAAUUCUGGGGUUUGUGAGGCAAAAAGGUUGGAUCUUGUGAGGAUAUUGAUCCGAUCAAGAAAGGGAGGAUAAAGACGUAGAGAGAAAGAAACCCAGAAAAAGGGUUUUGAGCAUUGGAGAAGCAGCUGAAAGGUUUAAAAACUUUUGUUUUUGGGUCAUCUGAAAAAGUGCUUAUAGCUUUUCCGGUGAGCUGUGAAGGUUUUGCUUUACUGGGUUUUGGUGUUUUCAGCUUCCCCAAGUUGGUUGAGGAGGUUUUGAAGUUUAGUGGGCGAGAAGUCAGAGGAAUCUGGAUUUAGUUGAGGUUGGUUUUCUUUAGAGGCAGAGAUUGAAAAGGGGACUUCUGGUUUAUAUUGAUACUGUGGCAUUGAGAUGGGGGGUCAAUGCUUCAAACUCAUACCAUGUUGCUGGAAUUCACAAAUGAAGGCAGCGGUUCUCGAAACUCCUGAUAUUGAUAAUGAGGAGAAGAGUGAGGUUGAUAACUUACCUGCAUUUCGUGAAUUCACAUUUGAGCAACUUAAAAAUGCAACAUCUGGUUUUGCCGUGGAGUACAUUGUGUCUGAGCAAGGAGAGAAGGCUCCAAAUAUUGUUUAUAAAGGGAAACUUGAAAAUCAGAAGAGAAUUGCUGUUAAGCGCUUCAAUAGGUUGGCCUGGCCCGAUGCUCAGCAAUUUGUGGAGGAAGCAAGAUUGGUCGGUCACCUCCGCAACCAUAGAUUGGUCAAUUUGCUUGGUUGUUGUUGUGAAGGUGAUGAAAGGUUGCUUGCGGCGGAAUAUAUGCCCAAUGAAACACUUGCAAAGCAUCUUUUUCAUUGUAAGAAGGGAUUUGACUGCUAUACAUGAUAUCCUAGAGAGUAUCGGCUAUAAAGAUGAUGGAAUGACAAAUGAGCUCUCGUUCCAAAUGUGGACUGACCAAAUGCAGGAAUCAUUAGAUUCAAAGAAAAAGGGGGAUUCUGCUUUUAAGCACAAGGACUUCAGAACCACGAUUGAGUGUUAUUCACAGUUCAUUGAUGUUGGAACGAUGGUUUCUCCAACAAUUUUUGCCCGGCGUAGUUUGUCUUAUCUCAUGAGUGACAAGCCUCAGAAAGCUAUAAACGAUGCAAUGCAAGCACAAGUAGUUUCCCCAGUUUGGCACAUUGCGUGUUAUCUUCAGGCUGUUGCCCUUUUGGCCCUUGGAAUGGACAGUGAAGCUCAAGCAGCACUUAAGGAGGGUACUACGCUUGAAUCCAAAAGGAGGAAAGCAGGUGGACAAAAGUGAAAAUCUAGGCCGGACGACCAGCUGCCCAGUUUUCCACUUCUUUCGGUUUGGCUCUUGGCAUAUAUGGCGUCGAUCGAUCAUAAGGUUUAAGACCACUAGAGCCAAAGCUUCAUCAUUUCCAUGGGAUUAGAUUUUGGUCAUUUUCCUUGUAUUUGAAUUGUUUUAUUUGAUUUGCUUUCUUAUCUGUCAAUUCGAGUAUAUGAAUUCCUUUGACAAAAUAGAAAGCAAAAAUAGAAAGUUUGUUAAAAACAGUGGUAGGGAGGAAAUCGUUCAGAAGCUUUAUAAUUUGUGUACAGAAAGCAUAUAGGAUUCCUACUUGGAUAAAUAAAUAAUAAUUAUUAGUUUUUCAAA